UUCUCAUAGCUUAUAAGUUGAAACCAUUGCGCAGCGUUUUGUUUGCCAUGCACGACACUUCUUUUGUGUACAAAACCUUCAUACAAUAUAACAUCUAUUUGUAAAGAGGACUUUCUACAACCUAAAAGCACAGAAGAAAUUACAACAUACAGUGUUGUCCUCUCAGCCACCUAACUGUAAGGGAAGUCAUUGUUUAUGAUUUUAAAUUCCUCUAUUAUAGUUUUAAGUCAGAUUUUAAUAUAUAUAUAUAUAUAUAAUUUUAAAAAUAAUUUAAAGUAGGAUUUUAAUAUAUAUAUAUUAAAAUUUUAAUAUAUAUAUAUUAAAAUCCUACUUAAAAUUAUAAUAGAGGAAUUGUGUGUGUGUGUGUUUGGAUGAAAAUGUGCAGUGGAAAGUACAAGACCUGCCAGUUGUCUUAUGUACAGUGUGUGAGUAAAUGUUGGUGUUGUGUGGUCUGCACCACUAAACUUUGAGUUGAUACAAAGAAUAAAGAGCAUCCAUGCAGUCUAGAGAACAGGGUCAAGUUUGUAGAGCUUCUUUUUCUGUAUUCGUGUUACCACCACGCACAAAGCUUAUCAGUCCCUCGUCAGGCAGCAACGCUCGCUGCAGCGCUGAGUGAAGGCUCGACAGUGUCUGACGCUCCUCCACACUGUCAAGGGUCACCGCGAGAGUGACAACAAAGCCACUCCCAUCCCGGUGAAUUAUAUUUAGAUCCCCCCCCCCUGACAUGUACGACUAACCUGCAUCCUCACUGGACUCUGCAGCUGCCACUCCGUUGAACGGUAACACCUCUUGAGCGAGGGGUUUUAUACUUUUCCUACGAGUGGGAAUGUUUUCAUCUGUGCUGGCACAGAGAGCGGAGGGGCUUUAGUCGUGGUGGCUUGUUGAACACAGGCCAUUGAUCAGGUCGGAGAGGCGGGAUCAGAGAACCCCCGGUUAAAACUGUCUGAGAGAAGUUUAUCUUCAGGAGAAGAUGGCCUCUCUGUGAGCGGAAGAGGCCGAGUCACCGACUGACUCUGGAUCUGCACUGCUGUAGGAGAUGAACAUUAUCAGGUGUCUCUUCUGGUUUUUUCUGUACAUUGAGUCUUCAUUUGUGAGCCAGCAUGGGAGACUGGAACUUGUUGGGGAAGCUGCUGGAGAGUGCCCAGGAACACUCCACCGUUGUGGGCAAAGUCUGGCUGACGGUGUUGUUCAUCUUCCGCAUCCUGGUGCUGGGAUCCGCCGCCGAGAAGGUGUGGGGCGACGAGCAGUCCGGCUUCACGUGUGACACCAAGCAGCCCGGUUGUCAGAACGUCUGCUACGACAAGACCUUCCCCAUUUCUCACAUCCGCUUCUGGGUGCUGCAGAUCAUCUUUGUCUCCACGCCCACUCUCAUUUAUCUGGGCCACAUCCUUCAUCUGGUCCGCAUGGAGGAGAAGGAGGAGCAGAAAGAGAAGGACCUGGCCUUGCAGAGUGAAAAACAGCAGCAGUUACAUGUAACCAAAGCCAAGAAGACCCCAGUCAAAGACAACCUGGGCCACGUGCGUUUGAAAGGCGCACUGCUGCGAACCUACGUCUUCAACGUUAUCUUUAAGACCCUGUUCGAAGUGGGCUUCAUUGUAGCUCAGUACUUGCUGUACGGUUUCGAGCUCAAGCCGAUGUACACCUGCGACCGCUGGCCUUGCCCCAACAGGGUGAACUGCUACAUCUCUCGACCCACCGAGAAGACGAUAUUCAUCCUGUUCAUGCUGGCCGUGGCCUGCAUCUCUCUGCUGCUCAACCUGGUGGAAAUGUACCAUUUAGGUUUCACCAAGUGUCACCAGGGUCUCCGAUACAAGCGGUUGCAGCAGGCUGCAGGUGAGACUACCAAGGCCCUAAACGCGGUGGACAUGCCGUAUGUGCCGAACUACAACUUCUUUACCGGUCAUCCGGCCGUGCCUGAACCUUUCCCCACGGACUCCAAGUUCAGCAUGGCCGAGCCGAGCGCUGCCUACAGCCCCUACAACAGCAAAGCGGUUUACAAGCAGAACAGAGACAAUAUGGCCGUGGAGAGAAAAGGUAAACCAGAGGGAGACGACGGGAAGAAAAUCUCCAGCCCUGUUUUUGAGCUGCCCGUUGAAAGUCCACGCAGAAACAGUCAGUCAAGCAAGCAGAGCAAUAACAAGAGCCGACUGGACGACCUGAAGAUCUAGUGAGCUGUGUUUCUACCCGAGAUUCAGGAACAACAUGCAUUUGUCUGUAAAAUCUUUUUGCACAAGUAUGGAAGACUGUUACUAUUGAGUGACCCGAUUUGAGAGUGCACAAGGACAGCUUUGUAAUUGCAGGACAUGUGAGCGACAAACAGGCUUUAAUAGAACAUAUUGUACCAAUGAGAGUCUUUUUGGUCAAACUUUUCUUAGAUUAAACCUGAGAGAUUAAGUAACAUGAUUUUCAAAAGACAGAAAUGCUGAACUCACAAGGAGUUUGUGUGUGAUGGACCGCAACUUUGAAAACAGUAAGCAAAGGAGGCGACACUUCUCAUUCAAAUCAUAAUUCAUUGAAUUCCUCCUGUGGUAUGACAUGAUCAGCUACGAGCGAAAUGCAAUUGUUUACAAAUGCCGUAAACACACGGCAUUGCUCUUGCGUUUUCUGAUGUGUUGAUUUGCAGAUUAUGAGCAAAUUAGUUUUGAAUUUGCUCAAUAGUUUUGGCAGAAAUGGACUUCCAAACUCGUGGGUGGUAAAGAUGCAGCAGAUUACUUGAGAAUUGUUUUGCAGUUCACUGUGAAAACUGUGAAACGGAAAAUAUGUCGAAGCAAAAGCAAAAAGCUGUUGUUGGACAACAACGAACAUGUUGCAGUACUGUUUCUGGACAAGCUUUUAACAACCAAAUUAUUGGCAACAAACGUCAAUAUGCUCAUUUUGAUUUUGAAAGUAGAUAUGUUGAAAAACACAAACAUUCAAUUGUCAUUACUUACUUGUAGUUUGAUUAAACUGCAUGGUUAUCAGGCUGGCAACCAGGCAUCAGCUUUUUGAAAAUAGUAUCGCCACUUGAAUUCCCCUUAAACUCCUUUUGAGUAUUUAUGAUUAUAUGCAGUUAUACAUCAGCGACAUAAGGAAAAUGUAACUUGUAAGAAUAAAAGCUUCACUACAGUAACCAAA